AUGUCCAUCGACCUUAUUUGCCAAGAGCCUGCCGCCCUGGACCUACUGAAGCAGUUCCACGUCUGUAACGCUUGUUACAAGGUCGUUGAUCACCAGCCCAUCGGCGCCCAUGUCCUCGUCCCUAGAGACCUACCGAGCGGCAGGCGGCCUCUGCUGGUUCGGAUCCACGGUGGUGGUUUUGCUGAGGGAACCAGCGACUCCUGGCUGCGUCCGUGGAUCCUCGAAUUGGCAUUGAAACACAAUGCCAUCUUGGUUACUCCCGAUUAUCGUCUCAGGCCAGAGGCGCAGCUGGCAGAUGAGAUCGAGGACAUGCGUGACUUUUGGAAGUGGAUCCGGGCCGGGCUCUCGGAGAUCCCGGGCAUCAAGGUCGACACGGCCAACCUCGCCAUCGUCGGGGAGAGCGCGGGCGGAACCAUGACUGCGCAAAGCGUGCUCUUGGACAUGAUCCAUCCCGUCCGGGUCAUUAUCAUGCAGUAUCCGGGUCUCAACAUAGGAGGCCAUUUGAAGUGGCUGGAGUCCCUCCCUGAGAAGAUCUCGGUCUCCGUCCUGGAGGAUCAUCUCGCGAGCUCGAUCCCAGGGCACAUCGUGACUCGCGUCGCAAACGGUUCGCGGUCCCUUCUGGUUGGGUCGAUGAUGCAGAACGGGCGCUUUGUGGAUGUCGAGAAUGAUGCCUAUCUGGAUCCGAUGAAAAGUCUGGAGACGGCUGGUCCUUUGCCUCCGGUGCUACUGUUUCAUGGCGGACAGGACAAAUCGGUGCGUGCCUCAGAUUCCGCGGCGUGGGCCGAAAAAUUGAGGAGGUUGCAGCCUGAUGUACCGCUGCACCUGGUAUUUCCAGAUGGUGAUCAUUGCUUCGACCAGUCGGACGUGCUGGCGACACCGUGGUUAAAGGAGCCUAUAGCGUUUGUGGAGCAGUAUUGGCCGGCGCAACAAUAA